GAGAGAAGAGCUAAGAUAGAAAGACAAACAUUUCUGUUGAAGACGGGAAAAGGAAUCGGCAAGAAAAUUUAAUGCAGAUGGCUUCGAAAGAUUCUAGGGCAAAAUUUCCCAAUUCUGCCAAUAUAAGUAUUGAACACUGUCGCCGCUGCUCAUUUCGUAACCAUCGAAACCACAGCGCCGGCAAGUUCAGAUUUCAGAAGAAGGAAGUAAAAUUUCCGGUGUUGGAUAUCUCAGUACUAGACAGAAAUGGCGGUUGAAGCAUCCCUAGGUAAUUCUGUGGCGUCUCUGUCGGCAGAGAACGUUAAAUCAACCGGAAAAUCAGAUGCCGGUAGCCAAGUUAGUAAUUCUGGUGACGGGGUGUAUUGCCAUCAGUGUCGUCAAAAAACCAGGGCUCCCGCAGCAGCAUGCAAGAAUCUUACCAAGAAAAAACCCUGUUUAGUAAAGAUGUGUCACAGAUGCCUAUGGAACAGGUACGGUGAAGAGGUGGAGGAAGUAGCUAGUUUGGAGGAAUGGAAGUGCCCGAAAUGCAGGGGCGCUUGCAACUGCAGUGUGUGCUUGAAGAGAAGGGGCCUUCAACCCAUGGGUGUACUUACCAAUGCAGCAAAAGCGACUGGAUUCUCUUCCAUCACUGAGAUGCCAACUGCUGACAGUGCUGAGGGUUCAGAUACUGGAAAGGUUGGUAAAGACAUGAAUGGGUCUCUGGAAAAUGAUGUAUUAUCUGCUAGAAAGAAAGGGAAGGAAAGUUUGAAUGCAGAUUAUAAUACCUCUUCAAAGAGAAUGAAGCAUUCUAAAUUGGAUGAAACCAGCCAGAUUAUUCCUAAAGAAGUUGUGCUGCCAGUGGGAACGGACUUGAGCAGUGUGGCUGGCAUUGAUGUACCUGCAGAAGAUGUUGGCCAUGCCUUGGAGUUUGUAGAAUUCUGUUAUGUUUUUGGAGAGAUCCUGAAAUUCAAAGACGGGGAAGCAUUAUGUGUCCUUCGAGAUAUAUUUCAUGGGCAAACUAAAAAGCGAGGAAUAUCAUGUCCGGUUGUCAUGUUUCAUGUACACCUACUAUCAGUAAUUAAUGAGGAAGAGGGAGAGAAAUUUGCAGAGCCGAAUCCGAGCUCGUGGUUCAGUGUGCUGAAGAAAUGCUUGGCUGAAUCUGAACAUUUUCUUAGAGUGUUGGGGAUGAGUUAUUUAGAGAAGGCUGCUGACUAUGAUGCUUUAAAUGCUUCAGAAAUGCUUAGGGUCUUAAAUCUGCUGUGCAUUCAUGCUCUUGGCACGAAAAAGCUAAGAAAUUGGAUAGAAUUCCAAAUAACACAAUUUAACCAGAAGGCAGAAGAAGCUAAGCUUAAGGUUUUUGAAGCAAGAGGCGAGACUUUGAAGCAGAAAAUAAAACAGGACACUAUCAAAGCUAUUGAUGCUAGGGAUGGGGAGCAGGAAGCAAUUGUUUCUCUUAAUAGCUCUGCUGCAGAGCAAGCUCAUGGAAAGCUGCUUGAGUCAGAGGCAAUGCUUUUGAAGCGCAUUUCCACAAAGGUGGAAAAAUAUUAGGAAACGUCCCAAAUCUGCCACAGUCAUAUCAUAAACUUGAAAAACUCGUUAAUCAGUUCCCUCCAAUCGUAACCCUAGCUGAGAGAGAAUCAACAACAAUAGAGAGUUUCAAGCCACUACAACCACUGCACCUAUAAGAGAUGUUGGCAAUGGCAUUGUGGUGGAAAUAGGAGGUAGAGAGGUUGGGCUGGUAAAAUGGAUAUCCACAGUUGAUCAGACAGCUGAAGCUAUAUGAGUAGAGCCCAUCUUCACGGACUGCAGUGGUCAUAUGUAUUGGAAACUGAAAUGUGCUGAUGAGUGUGAUGUACUGCAUCAAGAUGUUGGGAAAGGGGAUACUCUUACCUUCAAUGAAAAAUGGUUUGCUCUCAGUGCUGAAGCAAAAAAAAGAAAUUGAGAAGAACCAGAUCAUUCCUACACACAGAACCGAGCUAAGAUAGAAAGACAACCAUUUCUCUUGAAGGCGUGAAAAGGAAUCGGCAAAGAAAAUUUAAUGCAGAUGACUUCGAAAGAUUCUAGGGAAAAAUUUCCCAUUUCUGCCAAUAUAAGUAUUGAAAACUGUCGCCGCUGCUCAUUUCGAAACCAUCAUAACCACAGCGCCGGCAAGUUCAGAAUUCAGAAGAAGGAAAACCGAAUAAAGUAAAAUUUCCGGUGUUGGAUAUCUGAAUACUAGACAGAAAUGGGGGUUGAAGCAUCCCUAGGUAGUUAUGUGGCGUCUCUGUCGGCAGAGAAAGUUAAAUCAACCAAAAAAUCGGAUGCCGGUAGCCAAGUUAGUAAUUCUGGUGACGGGGUAUAUUGCCAUCAGUGUCGUCAAAAAACCAGGGCACCCGCAGCAGCAUGCAAGAAUCUUACGAAGAAGAAACCCUGUUUAGUAAAGAUGUGUCGCAGAUGCCUAUGGACAGUGGCGGAUACAGAAAUUUUACUCUGGGGUACAAAAAAUGAUCUGGGGUACAAAAAAUGUGGGAACAGACUUGAGCAGUGUGGCUGGCAUUGAUGUACCUGCAGAAGAUGCUGGCCAUGCUUUGGAGUUUCUACAAUUCUGUUAUGUUUUUG